AUGGCAGAGCGUGGGUCGGUGCAGUAUCAGUCCAAGGGCGAGACUACAGAAUGGGAGGACAUCUUGAUUAAGAAGGGCAUCGUCGAGAAGGAUGACGUGCUGCGAGGCAAGGGCUUCGACCCCGACGAGCAGCGUUUGGAAGAGGCCAUUGGCAAGGCCAGGGAGGCAGAGGUAGAGCGGCUAAACGCCCGUACGAUCGAGGACGACAUGGCCGAAGCCAGCCUGGAGGAACUGGACGAGCUGGAGGACGAGCUGGCGGACGAUGGCAUGCUGGAGAAGUACCGGGCGCAGCGUGUGGCGGAGAUGAAGGCGAAGGCGGCGGCGGCGAAGUUCGGGGAGUUGUUCGAGAUCUCCAAGGCGGACUGGGUUCGGGAGGUGACGGACGCCAGCAAGAGCGUGUGCGUGGUGGCGCACCUGUACGAGGACGGCAUUGUGGAGUGCAGGGUCAUGGAGGCUGCCCUGAGGUCGAUCGCGAGCAAGUUCCGAGAAGUGAAGUUCGUCAAGAUCAGGAGCCAGCAAGCGGUGGAGAACUGGCCCGAAGCAAACCUCCCCACGCUUUUCAUAUACCGCGACGGAGAGCUGGCUAAGCAGCUUAUCAGGAUUGACGCUUUGGGGGGAAAGCAGAUGAAGGCGGACGACCUCGAGUGGUACCUGGCGUCCCAGGGCAUCGUGGAGACGGAGAUGGACGAGAACCCCGCUCGGGCGAAGGGGAGGGGGGCCAACAGCAUCAAGAUGCGGAGGGGGGUUAAGAGCGCCGGGAGAAGGGGUUCAGAUGACGACGACGACGACGACGACGGUGACUACUGA